AUGGCCAAGUUCAUCAAGUCUGGUAAAGUUGCUAUUGUCGUCCGCGGUCGUUUCGCUGGUAGAAAAGUCGUCAUCGUGAAGCCACACGAUGAAGGUACCAAAUCUCACCCAUUCCCACACGCCGUCGUUGCCGGUAUUGACAGAUACCCAUUGAAGGUUCACAAGGCUCACGGUUCCAAGAAGGUUGCCAAGAGAACUAAGAUCAAGCCUUUCGUCAAGGUCGUUAACUACAACCACUUGUUCCCAACUCGUUACACCCUCGACGUCGAAAACAUCAAGAGCAUUGUUACUUUGGAUGCUUUGAACGAACCAACCCAAAAGAAGGAAGCUAAGAAGGUUGUCAAGAAGGCUUUUGAAGAAAAGCACCAAGCUGGUAAGAACAAGUGGUUCUUCAGUAAAUUGAACUUCUAA